AUGUGUUUGGCAUGCAAUAUCUUUAGACAGAAGAAGAUUCUGUUAGCUAGACUUGCUGGUAUUCAAAAAGCUCUUUGUAGAAAGCAUAAUCCUUUCCUUGUCAACUUGGAGUCUGAUUUGACUGAAGAAUAUGGGGUCCUCAGAGAAAGGGAAACUAUUUACUGGAAGCAAAAGUCAAGAGAGAAAUGGGUGAAAGAGGGAGAUAGAAACACCAAAUUCUUUCACCUCACCACUAUGAUUAGAAGAAGAAGAAACAAGGUUGAUGGCCUCUUUGAUGCUAAUGGUAAUUGGUGUGACACUCCUUCUGCUAUGAGAACUAUUGCAGUUGACUUCUUUAGGAAUAUUUUCUCUGGAGCUGAUUGGCAUGAUCUUGGAUUUUGCUAUGUUCAGCAUUGGAGCUUUAAAGCACCCGGAUUCGACGGAUUUCCUGCUAAGUUUUUUCACCAACACUGGGAUUUAGUUGCUGAUGAGGUCUACUCCCUCGUUUCUCAGGCGUUCGAAACUGGUAAAAUUCCUGAUGGUCUCAACCACACUCUCAUUACUCUGAAAUACCAGAGGAAGGAAGGGAUUUAUGAUUUGGAAGAUUGA